AUAGUACUCGACUGUGAGAUGAUUGGUACCGGCCCCAAAGGCAAGAUCUCGGAGCUGGCUCGUCUCUCCGCUGUCGAUUUCCUCACAGGCGAAUUGUUGAUCGAUACGCUUGUCCAUCCGCAGCAUGAAGUAACAGACUGGCGCACAAAAUGGAGCGGAAUCACCGCAGAGAUGGUGCAAACAGCCAUCUCAUCUGGAACCAUCCUCACCAACGCGACCGCAGCACGGACAGAACUGUUCAAACACAUGGACUCUGAAACGAUCCUGGUCGGACACGCGCUCCACAACGACCUCCACGCAUUACGCAUCCACCAUAACCAAACAUUCGACUCCUCAACGCUAGCCAGUGUAGCCGUGGGAGCAUGCAUCAGGAAGCUCUGGGGCCUUAAGGCGCUGUGCAAAGAGCUCCUUGAAAUCACUGUGCAAGACAAUGGUUAUCAUGGCCACGACGCGGUAGAAGAUGCGCUUGCGGCUAGAGAAUUG